GAAAAUGUGGAGAAGGAAAAGAACGGAAAGUAAAAUGAACUUGAUCCUCGUCAACUCUGUUAAAAUACAAGUGAUAACGUUCAAUUGAGCCCAUCAGUGACCUUUCUAAACGUUGAAGCUCUUGCCGUCUUUGAUAAAUCUAUUGGUGCAAAGAUUUCACAUUUGGUGUCGACUGGUGAGUAAAAGAUGGUUGGAAAUCCUAUGCCCCGAGUUUCAACAUGCCCCAUAGUAUUAUCCCCAUCACUUGUUACUUUCCCAAGCUUGCCUCAUUUUCCAUUGAGAUCACGAAGGAAACUUGCCCAGAUAAGAGCUGCAUCCACUGAUACAGGACAUAGCCAACUGCCCUCUGAUGCAGAAACAAAGAACCCAUUUGCCAUGGUUUUGGAUGUUCCUCGAAUUAUUUUGAGGCAAACAUUGCGGCCAUUGAGUGAUUUUGGGUUUGGACGGAGGAGCAUUUGGGAAGGCGGGGUUGGGCUGUUUCUAGUGUCGGGUACAGUUCUUUUAGCUCUCAGUUUGUCUUGGGUGAGAGGGUUCCAAAUCGGGUCUAAAUUCAGGAAGUACUUGGCUGUUUUGGAGUUUGCUCAGGCUAGUGGUAUGCGCAAGGGAACACCAGUGAGGAUUAGAGGGGUGACUGUUGGCAAUGUUAUCCGCAUCAAUCUGUCGUUGAAAAGUAUCGAGGCAGUUGUUGAGGUUGAAGAUGAAAAAAUAAUCAUACCUAAAAAUUCCAUUAUUGAGGUGAACCGGUCAGGUCUUCUCAUGGAAACUAUAAUUGACAUUACACCUCAAGAUCCGAUACCAACACCUUCAGUAGGACCUCUUGACCCAAAAUGUGUUGAAGAAGGUCUAAUUAUAUGCAAUUACCAAAGGAUAAAGGGCGAUCAAGGGAUAAGUUUGGAUGCACUGGUAGGGAUAUUCACUCAUCUGGGACAUGGAAUGGAGAACAUUGGUAUUGCCAAUAGCUAUUCACUGGCUGAACAAGCUAUCUCUCUUCUUGAAGAGGCAAAGCCAUUGCUUACCAAGUUGAAAUCCCUAGCUGAAGAAGUUCAACCUCUGCUGGCUGAAGUUACUGAUAGUGGUCUGCCGCAGGAAGUUGAGAAAUUGACCAGAAGCCUUGCGGAAGCCUCUGAGGAAUUGAGAAGGGUGCAUUCAUCCAUCAUGACCCCUGAAAACACUGAACUGAUUCAAAAAUCAAUUCACACACUGGUUUUUGCCUUGAAGAACAUUGAGAAAAAAAGCUCUGAUAUUCUGAAACUCAUGGGCGAUGAUGCUACAAGACACAAUUUGAAAUCACUUAUCAAGUCUCUCAGCAGGAUAUUGUGAAGACAAAUGAAAGGGAACGGAACAGGAUGGUAAGUUAUAAUGUUACUUUAGAAUGUUGAAAACCCUAGUUCUGUAUCAUACUGAGGAGAAACUGAAGCUUGGCCUUUUUGGAAAUUCUUUUGGUGGCACUGACUCGCAUACAAAGUCUUUGACAGGAGAGGUACUUGUUGCAUUAUUUCCUUGGUGGAGAUGUGAAUUCCCUGCCCUUAACCGAAUAUAGAAUGCCUUGGAUUCCUACUGAAUUUGCAUUCUCAGCAUUUAGCUUGAAGGCUCCAUUUGUUAUAAUCGGUUUUCUUGCAACAUCGAAUUUAUUUCAUUGAUAUAUUUAUGAUAUGGUGUUUUCUUCUU